CCGACUUCAUUGCAUCGCUGCUUUUUAGUGUGGACGCUCGUGUGGUUGAUCACAGCCUUUGUUUACUACGGCACCUCGGGUCCGUCCAUAUACCUACUACCUCGUACCUACCUACCUACACUCUACCCGCCCUCCUCCAGCAUUCAGACCCAUACCAUACAUUCCUCCCAUUCCCCGACAUACUCGGUUUGUUUACAGGCACUCACCACCAGACAACCCGUUGCCCUCUUCGACCGAAUUGGCAGAUCACUGCAACUUGAGUUGCGUGGUUGGAGCUGAUAGCUCGAGAAGACGCGAAUCACGACCUAGAUACCCACGAUCGAUCUUCAGAUACUAUGAGUGCUUGAACCAGUCAGUCGCCGUCAACCAUGAACAAUUCGUCGCGGAUGUAUGUGCCAGCGCAGAACCAAGAGGAGGAGCCGCCGGCGUACAGUUAUGGCUCCGGAAACUACGACUCCCCUCCGCCCGCUGCGCGUCACACCGGGGCCACCAUGCGGUUGCUUCCUACAAGUACAGGCAUGGAGAGUGAUUUGAGUGCCGAGACGGGAGCUACUUCGGAAUACCACUAUGGGGACUCCUACGACGAUGGCUCAAGUGACCGCGAACCCUACUACCAGUAUGAGACGAGCGAGUUUCCCUCACGACCUGCGUCUAGUCUGCGAAAUGUACCCACCAUUCCCCCUCCAGCGGCAUCGACAGUCGAUAUCCCACACUACUCAUCCCGGCCAGGCUCGCCCGUGCGACCUUGGUCUCCCACACGUGCACCAAACUGGACCGGACCGCCGGCGCCUCCCUCUGUCGCAGGCUCGAAUUAUGAACGUGCGGAUAUCAACGGUAGUCCAAGACCGGGCACCCCAAGUUCACGAUAUGGCGGUAGUCCGAGACGACCAUUGCCACCGGCACCACUGUUCUCCCACCCGGGCGCAUCGACUGUUGGACAGGAUGCCAGUAUCGAGAUCGAAGGGCCCGAUAGUUACGACGUGUUUGGCGGUGGUGGACGGACCAUUGACCCCAGGCAUGAUAAUCGGGCCAGCAUGCAAUCUUUCAUGAGCGAAUCGACGAUCAUCACGGACGAAAAGGACGCGAUGGAUAAGAUUGACCUGGACGAAGACAUGGACGAAGCCGAUGAAAUGGUAGACCCGAACAUGCAUUAUGGGCCCGCCCCGGAACGGCAAGGCCGUCGAGGUGUCCGCGAUGCUCAGAUGUCUAAGAAAGAAGUUCAACUGAUCAACGGUGAACUGAUCUUGGAGUGCAAGAUCCCGACUAUUCUAUACUCGUUCUUGCCUCGUCGAGACGAUCGCGAAUUCACCCACAUGCGGUACACUGCGGUAACCUGCGACCCGGACGACUUCUCCCAGAAAGGAUACAAGCUGCGUCAGGAAAUCGGAAAUACCACGCGAGAGACGGAGUUGUUUAUUUGCGUCACGAUGUAUAACGAGGAUGAAGUUGGUUUCACUCGCACAAUGCAUGGUAUUAUGCGCAACAUCGCCCAUUUCUGUUCGCGUUCCAAGUCUCGCACCUGGGGUAAGGAUGGUUGGAAGAAGAUCGUCGUCUGCAUCAUCGCGGACGGUCGUAAGAAGGUGCACCCUCGGACCCUCAAUGCCUUGGCCGCUUUGGGUGUCUACCAGGAAGGUAUCGCCAAGAACGUCGUCAACCAGAAGCAGGUCAACGCACACGUGUACGAAUAUACAACCCAGGUGUCGCUCGAUGAAGAUUUGAAGUUCAAGGGUGCCGAGAAGGGAAUGACUCCAUGCCAGGUGAUUUUCUGCCUGAAGGAACAUAACAAGAAGAAGCUCAACUCGCAUCGUUGGUUCUUCAACGCCUUUGGCCGAGCACUACAGCCGAACAUUUGUAUUCUUCUGGAUGUCGGUACCAAGCCCGCCACUACUGCGCUGUAUCACCUUUGGAAGUCGUUUGACCAGAACUCCAACGUUGCCGGAGCCGCUGGUGAGAUCAAAGCUGGUAAGGGCAAGGGGUGGUUAGGUCUGUUGAACCCGUUGGUUGCCAGUCAAAACUUCGAAUACAAGAUGUCCAACAUCUUAGACAAGCCGUUGGAGUCUGUUUUCGGGUACAUUACUGUGCUUCCCGGAGCGCUCAGUGCGUACCGGUUCUUUGCGCUGCAGAACGAUGCCGAGGGCAAUGGACCGUUGAACCAGUAUUUCAAGGGAGAGACGCUGCACGGCAAGGACGCAGAUGUGUUUACGGCCAACAUGUACCUGGCAGAAGAUCGUAUUCUUUGCUGGGAACUGGUAGCCAAGAGGGAAGAAAGAUGGGUUCUGAAGUUUGUGAAGAGCGCGGUUGGUGAAACCGAUGUGCCAGACUCGAUCCCUGAGUUUAUCUCCCAAAGACGACGAUGGCUGAACGGUGCAUUCUUUGCGGCCGUGUAUUCCAUUGUCAAUGGAAAGCAACUAUGGAAGACCGACCACUCGCUCGCUCGGAAGAUCCUUCUGCAGAUCGAGGGUUUCUAUCAGUUUGUGCAACUGAUCUUCACGUACUUUGGCUUGGCAAACUUCUACCUGGUGUUCUAUUUCAUUGCUGGAUCUCUUACCGACAAAACGAUCGAUCCUUUUGGUCACAAUAUCGGCAAAUACAUCUUCAUUAUACUCAAAUAUGCUGUCAUCUUGGUCAUGUGUCUACAAUUUAUCAUCUCCAUGGGUAAUCGACCGCAAGGUGCCAAAAAACUUUAUCUCACCGGCAUCAUCGUUUACUCGAUUGUCAUGUUCUACACCAUCUUCUGCACGAUUUACCUUGUCGUGAUCGAAAUGAUGGCGCGCUUCGGGGACGAUUCCAAGCUGACAGUCAGUAACGGACUGUUCACCAACAUCGUCAUGUCCCUACUCUCGACCGUCGGCCUCUACUUCUUCUCUUCCUUCCUCUACCUCGACCCAUGGCACAUGUUCACUUCCUCCGCGGCCUACUUCAUUCUUCUCCCGAGUUACAUCUGCACCCUACAAGUAUACGCCUUCUGCAACACCCACGACGUGACCUGGGGUACCAAGGGUGACAACGUAAUGAACACCGACCUCGGCGCGGCACGAGUGAUCAACGGCACGACCGUCGAAGUCGAAAUGCCCUCCGAGCAACUCGACAUCGACAGUGGAUACGAUGCCGCGCUCCGCAACCUCCGCGACCGCGUCGAAGUCCCCGAGCCCCCUAUCCCCGAGAGCCAGCUGCAGGAAGAUUACUAUCGCGCGGUGCGCACAUACAUGGUCUCUAUCUGGAUGAUCGCCAACGUCAUCCUCGGCAUGGCCAUUUCCGAAAUCUACAGCCCGGACGCCGGCGGCACCAACAUCUACCUGACCAUCCUCCUGUGGUCCGUGGCCGGCCUGGCCGUGAUCCGCGUCCUCGGCUCAACCACCUACGCCAUCCUGCUCGUCGUGCACAAGAUCGUCGAGGGCAAGGGCAAGUUCGACGCCGGCAAUCUCGCCACCAUCAGCCAGACGUCUAGCUCCAAGGCCGGACGCACCACCACCACAGCGCACCGCUACGGCGGAGGAGCGAACAUCAAGGAUAAGUUCUCCGAGACGAAGUGGACCAUGAAGAGGACCAUGGGGAAAGCUAUGUUUUGGAGGAAGUAACAUCACCAC